AGUUACAUCAUCCAAGGUCGGCAAAGACAGUUCGGUCUUGUGUCGCAUUUUCCAAAUUCAGUUUAUAACGACGAGCGUCACGAGAAGACAAACGGUGUCACAAUUACUUCUAGUCAUACUAUCAAUAUAAAAUAAAUCGUGAAGAACAGUUGUUUGUUACAAUUAAUUUUACGCGCAUAUCACGUCAACGUACAGGUUAGAGAGUUAGGUUAUGGCGCGUUUACCUGGCCUUGCCUUUCGUUUAACAUCUCUAAUUCGUUUUUUUGCACGGUGAUCUAAUUUCAUUUCGUCGGUCAUGGCUACACGUUCGUUAUAUUAUCUAGUAGUUACAAUAUAUUUACAAUUUACAAAUGAGAAAUAUGUGGAACACGUCAUUCAACGGUAACUGUACUCUUUAGUUCGCAUAAAUUCCGUGUGGUGUAUCAAAACAUUGGUUGACGAUUUCAUGUGUAUGGACAACAUCCAGCAGACCUUUUUUCUGUUAUUAUUUUACAAAUAUAUAAAUUCUUUUGUUCCCGUUUCGUAUAACGAUAUCUCGUUGGCCGUACAUUCCACGUUCCGUACACUUUUCCAACACGAUCGCAAUUCGUUACGGAAAGUUCUAUAUGUUAUCUACAGAGGCGCUGAUUCUUGUAUGCGACUGCCUACGUGACAAAUACCAUGUCCUACCAAUAGGUCAUCCUGUAGAGACAUAAUUGCGCUUCUAGAAAUAUCGAUAUCGCCAUCGUUCACUCCCUACAAAAUAUAACAAUUACACCUAUCCGUCGACGCGCGUUCGAGACAAUAACGUGCAAAUAUACAGCUACUCAUAAACAGUUCAUAAACGCGACAUUCCAAAUUUUCUCCGCGAAUAAACCUUUUCUAACCCUUGUAUCGUUGUUUCUUUAUCGCGCCACAGGUGUACUCAUAAAUAAUACUAAAGUAUCAUUCGUAAUAUCUUUAUUAUCCGACACGAAUUCUCGCAAGCCAACUGGCAUUCGCGGGAAAUUAACAAGACAAACGUUUAAACGACUUAAAUUCGCUGACCGAAUUUCCAAACGGGAGCAUAGAAACAGGUGAAUCAGCAGAUAACGGUAUAACCGCAUUCUCCAUCGGGAAAAAAUUGAAAAUUGCGAUGAAACUAAUUUUCAACGAUCGACCGUCGCUCUGUUACGCCUGAAACAAUUACAGAACGAACGUAUCACAUCGUCAAUAAAUAUUCUCGUCGAAUUUCCGUUUGACAGAUUAUGGAUCCCAAUAUAGAUCCGACGGUAGCAUUCCGUGUAAACAGUUCUACUGGUAACCUUACGUCGACGGUGCGCGGCGUGCGACAUAUUAAUAGUAAAACGUCCAUGCAAAAAAUGGCUUUCGGGCAGAGGUGUGCUCGAUGAAUGGAGGCUUUACUAUACGUAGAAUAUAUAAAGUUGCAUUAACGUAACAAGAAAGUUGUAUCCGCGGUCGAAAGUUCAACGGUUUCCGAGACGCAUGCGCAGUGAGAGGGUUGGCGUGGAUCACCCGGAUGUGCUGCCGCACGAGUACGACACGGUAGAAGGAAGAGGCAUGACGCCAUGUUUUGAUGUCGUCAUCCCCCCCCAAACCGCUGUUUCUCGGAGCUAGCACAAUAGUCUGUCAGUGUUUUUCUGUUGUGUGCGCCUCGUGUUCCGUGUUCCUGGUGGCCGUUUCGGCGUGCCCCCUUGCUCAGCCCCAUCGUCGAGUCGAAGUUUGAUGCUUGGCUUCGUGGCCGCGACGCUCUCAUCCUCGUGGGCCGAUGGUCGCUGAAGGUGGCCCCCUUCGUGUCUUUUUCAUGUCCGGGGAAGUGACCGCGGAGCGGGGGGGUCCUCCGCGAGCGUCGUCUACGUGGUGGUAGUGUCCUAGUGUGGGGAGGACGAGCGACGACGAUCCCUCCGGUAAACGAUUCUCGUCCUAACCAGUGUUACGUCACACGACCCUGAGAGCUGGGCUUACGGAGAAAACGGUCUGCCAGAGAAGUGGACGUCGACGACGACGGGGACGAGGACGACGGCCCUGCUAAAAUGGAGCUGCGCCUGCACUCGCCAGCCGGAGCAGAACCGAUCGUCUAUCAAUGGCCCCUCACCUCCGGAUCUGGUUCCGAUCGACACGAUGGUGCACUCGAUGUUGUUGAAACAAUGCGAUGGGUUUGUGAGGAUUUGCCGGACUUGAAAUUACCGCUAGAGAAUAACAUUUUGUGCGAUUAUGACACCAGGGAUUACGAGAGUAUGAAAAAUUUAUGCGACAGAUUCAAUAGAGCAAUUGAUAGUUUAGUUCAGUUGGAAAAGGGCACUAGUUUACCAUCGCAAAGGCUAAAUAAACGACCUAGUCGAGGUUUAUUACGGCAUAUACUUCAACAAACAUAUAAUCAGGCUGUAGUAGAACCAGAUAAAUUAAAUCAGUAUGAACCUUUCUCGCCAGAAGUAUACGGAGAAACAAGUUACGAACUUGUAUGUCAAAUGAUAGAUCAGAUUGAAAUAACAGAAGACGAUGUGUUUGUCGAUUUGGGAUCUGGAGUUGGCCAAGUAGUUCUCCAAAUGGCAGCAGCAACUUUAUGUAAAAUUUGUGUUGGUGUAGAAAGAGCCGAUGUACCAUCGAGAUAUGCACAAAGUAUGGAAGUAAACUUUCGUAAAUGGUUGAAUUGGUACGGAAAAAGAUGCGGCGAAUAUCGUUUGGUAAAAGGCGAUUUUUUAGCUGACGAACAUCGUGAAAGCAUCACCGGAUCUACAAUAGUGUUUGUCAAUAAUUUUGCGUUCGGCCCGACGGUGGAUCACCAGCUGAAAGAACGAUUUGCUGACCUACGGGAUGGUGCGCGUAUAGUAUCAUCGAAAUCAUUUUGCCCCCUUAACUUUCGCAUAACGGAUAGAAAUCUUAGUGAUAUUGGUACGAUAAUGCAUGUCUCGGAAAUGUCACCGCUGAAAGGUUCUGUCUCUUGGACUGGUAAACCAGUGUCUUAUUAUUUACACGUGAUCGAUCGUACCAAGCUAGAGCGUUAUUUCCACCGUUUAAAGAAUAAUAAACAAGGUGGCGACGAAAAUUCUGAUUCUGUGAUAAACAACACUGCCAGCAGUAAUAAUAAGGUUACGAGUAGGGGCGAGAGGGGUGACAGAGCUAAACGGGAUCUGUCACGGCAGUUAGAGAGCCCUAAUCAUUCGGAACAGCAAGGGACGAAUAGCGAUUCAGACGCUGAUGAGGGUAACAUUAAAAGUCGUCGGCAACCAAAUAAAAUUCGUAGAAAAUUGAAUAGGAAAACAAAUGGGAUUACGAGACCCCCUGCCAGAGGCAGACAGAGGGGGCGAGGCGUGAAGAAGUCUAAGCCGAAGAAAGCGAUUAAUAUCUCUGGCCUGGACUUGUUGCACAGUCAAACGCUCCUUAGUACAUCUCCGCAAGCUUUGGGGAAAAAGCCGCCGCCCGCGCCUGGUUGCGUGGAUCAACAGCUAUCCUCAUUGUCGCUCUCUUUGCAGUCACAUUCCACCUCUGUACACGAAGAACUUAGUAUACCACCUGCUCCGUCCGCCACACCAUAUGCUUUACAAAUACUUCUGGAUUUGUACAGGGACCAAUUCAUGCUCUUGUUAGAAUCAAUGAGAACUCCUCAGUACAGAGUAUCGGUCAACACGGACAUUGCAAAAGAGAGGGAGAGAAAUUCGAAGUUGCAAUCACGAGCGGCACAACUAGAGAAACAAAUAAAAGUAUUAAUCGACGAUAGCGUAGCUUUAUUGAAAGCAAGAAUGACUGAGUUAGGUAUAAAUGCUACGUCACCUGGAGACUUGCUUGCCAAAGCCAAGGAGAUAGUUCUUAGGCACAAGCAGUUGCAAGCGAAGGCAAGCAAGUUGCAAGCGCAAGUCGCGUCUAUGGAGAGUGAACAAUCAAGAUUGACGGCGCUCAGACACCAAGAGUUGCAAGAGAAAUACAGCAGCCUGACUAACGCUAAUGGUAUAGCAAAUCCGCCGCAACCACUGACACAGGAUUACAUACUGAAAGAGAUUUCAGCCACUUUGUCUCAGCGUAAAAGAUUGCACUGUCAGGUGUCCAAAUUGGAGCACGAAUUAAAUGUAUUAGAAAGAGCUAGCAACGAGAAGCAAGCUGCUGCGAUAGUUCAACAACAGAGGGAAGCAGCGGGUACCAAGCAUUCGCAGAAUCAACACCAUCAUCAGCAACAGAACGGGAAGAGCGGAUCGACUAGGAAAAGUAGAGAAGGACGAUCCAGGUCGCAGGAAUGGCCGGAUGUUCCGGACAUCGGGAAGAUACAGGAAAACAAUCCAGAAAUACUGGCGCAGAAAAUCUUGGAAACGGGUAGACAAAUAGAAGCUGGACGAAUGUUGAAUAGACAAAAUACUAGUACAAGUAACAAUUCUAGAACCAGACUGCCACAAGCGUCCCUUAGCUUUUCUACAACUUCGUCGUCGUCUAUCUCGUCCUCGCUACCGCAAACGAGCAACAAAGAAACAGCAAACAGGACUCAGGAGCCACCUAGGGUUGCAAACUUCGAAGAUAGACUAAAGAGCAUAAUCACAAGUGUCUUGAACGAAGAUCAACAAAAUAGAAAUAAGCAACAACAAAUGCAACAAUUGCAGAACCAGACUGAGCCCGACAGAAAACGCAUCGCGUUGCCGCAGAACGUUUCCACUCCGGAUUAUACACAGGUUUCACCUGCAAAAUUAGCACUUCGCCGUCAUCUCUCCCAAGAACGCCUUUCAUCUCACUUAACACCAUCUGAUAGGCCAACAAUCGACUCCAGGCAAUCGAGUCAUGACAAUCGUAUUGUAGCAGGAGGAAAUGGAUUGCUGGGCACUAGGACGAUCGGUGAUCUGGUCAGCGGAGAAAUAGAGAGGACUUUAGAGAUAUCCAAUCAAUCGAUAAUAAACGCCGCCGUUGACAUGAGUGCGAUGAUUAGACCGGAAACAGUAUAUUCCCCUAUCAGCAGACCUGCUAGCGCAGAGGGCGAUGCUGGCUUAUCGACCCUGGCGCAUGUAGCAAGUUAUGCUCCGACUUCUUCCGCAGUUUCAACUUGCACUCCCACUGUCACUUCAAGAUCAUCUGUAUUGUUCACUCCCGUGACACAGGCGCAGAGAUACACGCCGAUUCAAUUACCCCGUGCAGACAUCAAACCAUACCAUGAGUCGUACUUCACUGACAAUCCUUCUCAGUCCCUCGCACAAACUCAUCCACCGUCAUCUUUGCAUUCAUCUCAAGCUGGCUCGAACGGCGAAGUUCUACCGGUGGAAGGACUGGCAGCGUCUCUACACGCUCGUAUAUUGAACAAUCACAACACUAAAAACGAGUCGAUGCUUUCUACAAAUCGAAGAUUUCAACCGUAUCCCAGAUAUGCAACCAGUAGUAACAGUAACGGUAGCACGACCACGAACGGCAUUGUAACGGCGAUUUGUCAAUCACAGCCUUCAAUGCCGGUGAAAACAGAGGCGGUCGUAUCGUCGAUAAGCACAAGUGGAGCACCGUUAAGUCCUCUGGUGGAACCGCACUCGAAUACAUCCACGCCAUUAGUCGAUGAGCCUCAAAUGACCACGCAGAGGCAACGAAAUGGUAUCGGCGACGACGAUGGUGAAGCGGAUUGGCAGGAUCGAAUCAGUUCCGGGUUCGACAGGUUGGUCGCGUUCGCCUCCACCGAGCUGGACAAGCGAAGAAGAUCCACCGAGGGAGUGAACACGAGUCCCGACAGCGGUUUAGGGUCCGACAGUACGGUGACAGGACCGCCGCCUGUGAUCCCGUCGCCCGACGAAGCGCUGGGACCUCCUCGCACACCUUCACCGACCAGCCCUCGCCCACCGAAUCCCUCCAACACUAACAACAACAACAACAACAACAACAACAGCACGUCCUCGGUGCCCCUGAAGUACCAACGGCAACCCGACCCCGAACGGCAUCAUUUUAAGAAAAAGUUUUUUCAUAGAGAUUGGAAUAACUCUGGCAGCACCAGUAAGUUUCGUCCUAAAGGCAAGGAUUGGGAUUGGAAUCAUUCAGGACAGUGGCCUUCGAAUGACGAACAAUCUUAAUCCGACUUUUUCUACUUGUAAUCUGAUUGAGUACGAAGCAGCUUUUAACUGAGGAUUUCUCUUACGGUUGUUUGUUAGGUUUGCAGAAUUGAGAAUGCCGUCUGCGUUUCUUGGUCGCGGAUGAUGUGUCCGUUUCUUUUGAUGAUAAGAAUGUUAUUACCCUUCUCUGCUCCCCUGUAGUACGGUUAAAGUAAUCUUUAUUAAUUAUUAUUUUUUAUCAUUAUCAUUUACGGUUAUUACGAUUAUCAUGAUUAUCAACGCGUACGAUGUUGCAGUACAUUGGAUGUGUUUCACUCCGAUACGCGUCGCGAAUGUAUUCUUUGUUUUAUGCCAUGGAGAAUGGCAUGCUUAGUUGGAGCUCGAACGGAGAGCUCGAUAAUUAGUUUCAUUCUUUUCGUUUCUCUUUUCCUUAUGUUUCGUGAGAAGUAUGUAUAUUAUAUAUUUAUUUUGCGAGGGAAAAUUACGAG